CGCAUGCGUCAUGCGAUGCGAUGAUAAAAGCUGAAAACGUGAUAAACGUCAUUAAUACUACUCCGAAUUUUAAUCUUGUUUAUUAAAUAGUUUUAUUUUAUAAUUUCCGACUAAAGGUGAACAAAAAGAUUUUAAUUUUUCAUCAACAGUUUAAAAAAAAUAGUUUUAUCCGAUGGCCAGUUGUAAUUGUCUUUUAGAAGAAUUUUAACGGAUCAUCUUUUAGAGAAUGAUGAGAUUUAGAAAUUUCACGAUAGGUGCUUUGAAUAUGGUUCAAAAAAGAUUUCGUCCUUUAGUUUUGUGUGGUCCAUCAGGAAGUGGAAAAAGUACAUUGAUAAAAAGACUUUUUGAUGAGUUUCCUGAAACAUUUGGAUUUUCAAUAAGUCACACAACGAGAAAACCACGAUAUAAUGAAAAAGACGGAAAGGAAUAUUAUUUUAUUACCAAGGAAGAAAUGCAAAGGCAAAUUGAUCAAGGAGAUUUUUUGGAAACUGCAAAAUAUGGUGGAAACAUUUAUGGAACCAGCAAACAAGCUGUUGAGAAUGUACAACUUGAUGGGAAAAUUUGCGUAUUGGAUAUUGAUACACAAGGCGUAAAGCAAAUAAAAGAAUCGUCGUUAAAUCCGCUGUUUGUUUUCAUAAAGCCACCAUCGAUUGCAGAAUUAGAGCGUCGAUUAAGAGAUCGAAAUACGGAGACCGAAGAGUCACUUCUCUUAAGAUUAACAGCAGCCAAAGUCGAAAUGGAAUAUGGUGAACAUCCAGGGAAUUUUCACUUAAUUAUCAUAAACGAUAAAGUGGAAAAUGCCUAUGAUACAUUGCGAGACUAUAUUCUAUCGGAAAUAAAACAGCAAAAUGAUUCAGAGAAUUAAUCAAGUACCUGUCUAAAAGAAUCUUCAUAAGCAACAUUAGUUAAUUAGGCGGCAAAUUUCUCGUUGUAGAAAAAUAACAGAUCGAGAAUUAAAUUAAUAUUCACUUAGUGAGUAAAGCCGCAGAAAUUUAAAUAUGAGAUUUGAUGCGAUCUGUAAAUUUGCAUUUAAUUUUAAUUGCCAAAAGUUUUUGUUUCUUUUUUCAUUGAGUUAAUAUGAACGUAAAUAGAAAAAAUUGUACAUAUUUUUUUUAAAUAGUGCUUCAUAAAGUUUAUAAAGCUCGCCAGUAUUAUAUUUUUGUACAUUUUAAAUGUUUUAUGCGAAACCGGUAUUAUCAAUCAACGAGUAGUUUUUAUCGCGUAAUGUUCACAAACUUUUAGAGAGAAAAAGAGAGUUAUAUAUUUUAUGAUAAGGCAAUUUUAUGAGUGAGAGAUAAAGAAUAAGUGAACGACUUGAAAACAUUAAUUUAUUUUGUUUCAUAUUCACAAAAUGCAAAAAAAAAAACAACAUUUUGUUGCUGGAGAUUUUUGAAAUGAAACAAAAUUAAUUUGUUAUAAACAAAUUUAUGAAAUUGUUUGUAUGAAUAUCUUUUGAGAUACGUGUUUUCAAUCAUUGUUUUUUUUUUUUUAAUUAAAACUUUAAUAUUUUUACAUUUUCACUUCCGUCUUAUAACAAGACACAAUUUAUAUUAUAUAUUAUUGAAAGAAAUAAGAGAAAAGAAAUUUUGUUUUUGUAUGUUUUUUACCUACUUUUUGUAAAUGAGCGAGUGUAAUGUAAUUUCUUAUUAUUAAGAUGAUGGGAUCUGAGUAUUGUAAAAGUUACUUCCGUUUUUUGGUAACGUUCUUCUACUUGAAUAUUUAAUUCAAAUAUACAAUCAAGUCAAAAAAAAAAAAAAAAAAAAAUUCUAUAUUAUAUUUUUGAAAUGUAAGCGAAGUCGGAUCGAAUGCAGUUUGGAUCUCAGAGAUUAAUUAGACAUUUUUCUGUAGAAAUAAAUUUCUUCUUAAAAUGUUACGAUUAUAAAUUAAUGUAAAAUGUAGAUUUAGAUAACUGAGACCAUCCACCAAUUGAAAAGGUUGUGUUCCAAUAGUGUAGGUUACUUAUAAAAUACAAUUGAGGCAUUCUUUUCGACAAUCUUGAAAAUUUUUUAUUUUCUUUUUUGAUUGCUUCUAUGGGGAAAGGGAGGAAAAGUGUUUCUUUAGAUUGUAGAAAAGUAUUGCCUAUUUGUCAUUCAUGCAUUCGUUACGUUAAUAUCAUGCGACUUUUCAUCAUCAUUGGAAUUAAUUUUUUUUUUCGAAAUCUCGUUAAAAAUAAAAAUGUUAUCCUCGUUCUCAAAAUCGAAUUUACCAGUGGAUGUAAUUAUGUAUAUUUUAAUUUUGUAAACGUUUAAUUUUUCAUCUAACUUUUCGCGCUGAAAACUUUUCAAAAAAGAAAAAAAAAUUUGUUUAUUAAAAAAAAAAAAAACAUAAAAUUGCAAAAGAAAUUUAUUCAAUGUUUAUCAUUCAAGUAAAAUUGAUUAUUAUUGUUUAAAUAAUAUUUAAAUUUGUAGGUUGAUUUAAUUUUUUUAAAUUAAACAUUAUAACUUUUAUUUCUUAAUAAUUAAUUAAUUACAAUUGAAAAAAUUUUUCGAUUUUACAAGAUUAAUUUCUUAAAAAAAUUUUCAGCGCGAUUUAAAAAAAAAAAUUUUUAAUUAGGUUUUUCAUACCAUCUAAUUAUAAAACAAUUUGCGUAAUAUUGUUGUCAUAUGAAAUGACCAAAAUUAUAUGCGAAAAAAAUAGAAUUUUAUUCAAUUAAUAUUUUAAUUUCUGAUAUUAAAAUUGUAUUUUUUUAUUAUUUUCAUAACAUUAAUAAUUUUUUAAUUUAAAAAAAUUGGAUUUUCUUUUUAAAGUUAAAUGAAUUUUUUAUUUUAUUUUUUGAAACAUAUUUUUUGGUCAUCUGUUGAUAAUAACAAUUUUAAAAUGUCAAUUGUAAAAAAAUUAUAUUGUAAUUUACUGUUGUGGCGAAAGUUAAUAAAAUUCAAUUAUAUAGAAA